AUGUCUCCAGCGCUGAAGGGUCCAUUGACUGGCUCCAACGGGGUGCACAAUGACGGCAUCAAGAGUGUCUCGACUGAAGGUGAACACUCCAACGGAGCAGACAAACCAGCUGUUUCCAGUGAUCGUCUGAACGAGUUCGGAUAUCCCCAGAACGGGUCAGGUCGCAACUAUGUUCUGCCCAAUACAUGGCACUCCAAAAAGACGAAGAUCCGCGUAGCAUGUAUUGGCGCUGGGGCUUCAGGGAUAUGUCUCGCCUACAAGAUGCAACAUCAGAUGGAUCCCAACACCUGGGAGCUGGCUAUCUACGAGAAGAAUGACAAUAUUUGCGGGACAUGGUAUGAGAAUAAAUACCCAGGUUGCGCCUGUGAUAUUCCGUCGCAUAUCUACACCUACAGCUUCGAACCCCAUCCCGAUUGGUCUACCUACUUCGCGUAUGCGCCGGAAAUCCUGGAGUACUUCCGCAAAUUCGCGGAUAAACAUCAAUGCCAGCGCUUCGUCCAGGUGAAUUCGAAGGUGGUGGAGGCCACAUGGCAUCCCAGGGAAGGAAUCUACAAAAUCGUUAUCGAGGACACCAACACUGGAGAAACCAGGGAGGACUGGUCGCACGUCCUAGUGAACGCGACGGGAAACCUCAAUAAAUGGAAAUGGCCUGAAAUCGAAGGAUUAUAUGACUUUGCAGGACCAAAGAUGCAUCCAUCGCACUGGGACGAGUCGGUGGAUUUCGUAGGCAAGACGGUUGGCAUUAUUGGUACUGGGUCGACCGCCAUUCAGGUAGUCCCAGAGCUCCAAAAAGUUGCAAAGGGCCUCAAACUGUUCAUGCGAUCACCCACUUGGAUCAGUCCUCCUUUCGGGGGAAAUGUGCUGAAGGAAGACCUCAAGGGGGGGGAAGAGAACGCUGCAAGUCGGCAAUACGUCUUCACCGAUGAGGAGAAACGCAAAUUCAGGGAGGACCCUGAUUUCCUGCUCAAUAUGCGACAGAAAAUCGAGGCGGAGGUGAAUCUCCUGUUCCCCUUCUUCCAGCGAGGAACAGAUCUGCAGAAGCAGAUGCAUGUCGUGAUGACGGAGGAGAUGCACAAUCGGAUUGGGCCAGGACAUGAGGAGCUGAAGGAACAUUUGAUUCCCAAAUGGCUCCCAGGCUGCCGUCGGAUUACUCCGGGAGACGGUUAUCUCGAAGCUCUCACUCAGGAUAACGUUCAGCCAAUCUUCAACGAAAUCUCCAAGAUCGUACCCGAAGGCCUGAUUGACUCCGAUGGAGUGCUUCACAAGGUUGACAUCCUGGUGUGCGCUACCGGGUUCGACAUUCCCUACGCCCCUCAUUUCAAACUUACCAACGGAGACGGGAUUAACAUGCAGGACGAGUGGAAGGACGAUCCAAACCUCUAUCUUGGACUGACCGCUCCAAGGUAUCCCAACUACUUCGUCAUGGUUGGUGUGGGCGGCACAUGGGCCAACGGAACCAUCCUUCCAGCGCUGGAGACCGCUUCCGAACACUUUAUUAAGAUAUUCCGGAAAAUGCAAGAGGAGGGCAUUAAGUCAAUUGAAGUGACACAGGAAGCAUGCGACGACUUCAUCUACCAUCUUGACCUCUUCCACAAGUCCAAGGAAACUGUCUGGAGCGACACUUGCCGCAGCUGGUAUAAGAAGAACGGCAAGGCAUGGAUCUGGCCAGGCGCGACUAUCCACUACCUGAAAACGCUCAAUGCGCCACCACGCUAUGAGGAUUAUAAAUUCACGUACUGGAGCGGUCGGCGCUUCGCCUACUUCGGGGAUGGCAAUGUUCAGGCGACAGCCUUGAAAGAAAAUGUCUCGGCCAUGGCGCCGUACAUCAGGGAGAGCGAUCACCCCUGGCAUAUUGCGUAG